AUGGAUCCCUCGACAAAUCCAUUACCUCGACUUUCUUAUUCCAUCGACCGCCAAUCUUUUCCAGGUAUCUCAGCAGCCUUAUCAACCGCCUCUGCAAAUGUUUAUUACCAAUAUAAAACUAUCCCAAGCUAUUAUAGGUCCGAUUCGAGUCCCAAGAGACUUUUGUGGCUUUUGAGAAUACUGAAAAUUGAACGUUAG